CGCCACCUAUGCGACGAGCCCGCUCCCUUACCCGCACAUUUCAAGUCUUCAGUACUCUCCGUUCUCUCUCCGAACUCGAGCUCGCAGGUCGCUGAUGGCUUAUACAAAUCUCCCGUCGAGCUCCACCCUCCACGCCCUCUCACCAAAAUUUCAGAGCGGCCAAACGGGCUCUGCACGAUCUCUGCCCUUUCAUUCCAGACCUAAACUUGCCAGAAGCUCAAAUCCAUGGAACUCCUUCACUUUCUCCACUCCUAAAUACUCGACCACUUUGCUUCGGCUUCGUAGUGAGACUACUCGCGCGGUUGGAGGGACAGAGGUGAAGGACGAUUCCGACGGCGGCGAUGCUCCGAUCGGGGAGGACUCUGCGGUUUUCAAAUUGGGGGAGCAGAAGCUCGCUUCAUGGGUCUAUUUCACGUUUAUUUUGGGAGCUGUUUUCUUUGCUCUCGACGCUUUGUGGAUUAAUCCAUCAACGGGAUAUGGAACCGCAUUCAUCAGUGCGGUUUCUGACAUUUCAGAGAGCCCUGAGGUUGUGGUGCUCAUUCUUGUGCUCAUAUUCGCUGUAGUACAUAGUGGUUUGGCAAGCCUUAGAGAUACCUGUGAGAAGCUCAUUGGCGAGAGAGCUUACCGUGUUCUGUUUGCGGGCGUUUCGCUUCCUUUAGCUCUCAGCUCAAUUGUAUAUUUCAUCAAUCACAGAUAUGAUGGAACUCAACUGUGGCAAGUUCAGAGCGUCCCUGGGGUUCAUGAGCUUGUGUGGUUCUCAUCCUUCAUCUCUUUCUUUUUUCUCUACCCAUCAACCUUUAAUCUGCUAGAAGUUGCUGCUGUUGACAUGCCCAAAAUGCAUCUCUGGGAAACUGGAAUCAUUAGAAUCACCCGUCAUCCCCAGAUGGUGGGACAAGUGAUAUGGUGCUUAGCCCAUACUAUCUGGAUAGGCAAUUCUGUAGCAGUCGCUGCUUCCAUUGGGCUGAUUGGCCACCACUUGUUUGGCGCAUGGAAUGGUGAUAGGAGGCUCAGCGCUCGUUACGGCGCCGCAUUUGAUGCGGUGAGGAGCAGAACAAGCGUAGUUCCUUUUGCUGCUAUUCUGGACGGGAGGCAGAGAUUGCCGAAAGACUACUAUAAGGAAUUCCUCAGACUGCCUUAUGUAGCAGUGACGAUUCUGACGCUUGGAGCUUAUUAUGCUCAUCCGCUCAUACAGUCGUCCAGCUUCGGUCUUCACUGGUAAACAUUUUCUGUGAAUUUAGAACUUGUCUUGUUUUCAGUUUUUUUUUUAUGGUUGUAGAGCAGAUUUCUAUGAGGAAUAAAGAGGUGGGAAAAUGUUUAAGAGAAAUAAAAUAAUGGAAGAUUUAUGUUUUUA